CCACUUGAGAAUCGGCCGAUGACACCGGAACUUGUCCUGCCGUCUUUCCAUUUGCGAUUCUGUUGUUAAGCGGAAGGUUGUUAGUUUUUGUUUCAGAAUAACUUCCAAGCUCGACCACUCAGUUCUAACGACCCAACUGAAUUUUGGUUUGGGGCACUUCUUCAUGAUCGGCCAUUUUCAAAACUGCCUUAGGAGGAUUCGUUUCCUUACCCAACCAUCAAUAUCCCGUGCCCUUCUCCAUGCUUCCUCUGAAAGUUUCACGCUUGCUCUGCCUGUUGAAUCUUCUUACUUCAGUGGAUCAGGUCACCAAGUAGUAGGCCAGUAUGACAUUGAUGUUCUCAUAGGUAAAGUUCGUGUCGGGAGCAGUCAUGAAGAAGUCUUUCAGUGCCUCAUGAGUGACCGAGAAUGUAAUGCUAUACAGCUUUCCCAUGACCUCGUUGAGAAGUUGCUUCACCGGUUCAAUGAUGACUGGAAAUCUGCGUUGGGUGCUUUUAAAUGGGCAGCAUCUCACCCAGGCUAUAAACCCUCUCCUCAGGCAUAUGAUUUGAUGGUGGACAUCCUAGGUAAAAUGAAACAAAUGGAUCAUAUGAAGGAUUUCUUGGAGGAGAUGCGUCAAGGUCAUUUUGUUACACUUAACACAAUAGCCAAGGUUAUGAGAAGGUUUGCUGGUGCAAGGGAAUGGGAAAAUGCUGUGAGGAUAUUUGAUGAGUUGGAAACUUUUGGAUUGGAGAAGAACACUUAUUCAAUGAACUUGCUGCUCGACACCCUUUGCAAAGAGAAAUACGUUGAACGGGCCCGUGAAAUUUUCUUGUUGCUUAAAUCACACAUUGCACCUGACGCUCAAACAUUUAAUAUUUUCAUUCAUGGUUGGUGCAAAAUUAAUCGCGUUGAUGAGGCACAUUGGUCAAUUCAAGAGAUGAAGGGACAUGGUUUUCACCCUUCUGUCAUUAGCUACACGACUAUCAUUCAGUUUUAUUGUUGCCAAUGCAACUUUCGUAAAGUUUAUGAACUUCUUGAUGAAAUGGCUGCCCAAGGUUGUCCUCCCAAUGCGGUUACUUACACCACUGUCAUGUCCUCACUAUUAAAGGCAGAGAUGUUUGAGGAAGCUUUGCAAAUUUCUUUGAGAUUGAAAACUGCCGGAUGCAAACCUGAUACGCUUUUCUACAACUGCUUGAUCCAUGUACUGGGGCGAGCUGGCCAAGUGAAAGAUGCUGCUGAAGUUUUUGAGGUAGAGAUGCCGAAGAUUGGCGUUGCCCCCAAUACAUCAACAUAUAAUUGCAUGAUUGCUAUGCUUUGCCAUCAUGCUCAACAACAGAAGGCCCUCACUCUUCUUCAAGAGAUGGAGAAUUCGAAAAUUUGCAAGCCGGAUGUUCAGACAUAUUAUCCAUUACUGAAGUCAUGCUUUAAAACUGGGAAGAUAGAUAGUCUGUUGAGCAAACUAUUGAAUGAUAUGGUUAAUAAGCAUCAUCUUAGUCUUGAUAUUUCAGCCUACUCACUACUGAUUCAUGGACUUUGUAGAGCAAACAGAACUCAGUGGGCUUACAGCCUGUUUGAAGCGAUGAUUAGGAAGGAUAUAACACCAAAAUAUCGAACAUGCCGUUUGCUUUUUGAUGAAGUCAAAGAGAAGAAUAUGUAUGAUGCAGUUGAGAAAAUUGAAGGUUUCAUGAAGAAAUUAUGAACUUGGCCAGGUGAGUAUUUAGUCCUUUUUACCAGCACCCAAACACACUAAGAGCAGUCUGUGUUUGAUGAGGAUAAGGCUAUCAUGAGCGAAGCAUUUGUGGUUUUUCUCUGACAUUUUGUGUUAAGAUUAACAAAAUGAAACAGGAGAAAAAGAAAAAAAAAUAAAGAAAACCACAGAUUUCAUAUGUAUUGCAUUGAAGGUUUAUUAGUUUGAACUAAAUGUACCACCCACAUGUAUCUAUCCUGACACACAUGGUGUGUAUACGUAUAUCUCAGUGUUUGCACAUGCUCAUGCACAUCUGGAUUUGUUUAUGUAUAUAUUUGAAACUCUUGUUAGAAUUUUUGUUUCUGAAUCAGUAUAUACUUGCUUAUCCCUGA